CCUAUGUAAUUAACUUCGACUACUUCUACCUCAGUCCUCAGAUUCAUUAUUCUUGUCUAUGCUCAGACGACCUUUUUUUUUUAUAGUACUUAGUACCUAUAGAUUAGUAUAUUGUAAUUUAAUAUACAUUUUAAAAUGUGAAAAAUAAAUUAAACAUUCUUUAACUAUGACUAUAUACAACAUCUAUAUUUUUGAUCGAAUGGGUACAUUAUUAUAUCAUACAAACUGGAAUCGUCUUAAACAAUCGGGCAUGAGUAGUGAAGAAGAAGCCAAAUUGAUGUAUGGUAUGUUAUUUUCUAUCAAGUCAUUUGUUUCUAAAAUAUCACCACUUGAUCCUAAACGUGGAUUUUUAUGUUACAAGACUAGUAAAUAUGCAUUACAUUAUUAUGAGUCGUUAACGGGUGUUAAAUUUAUUUUAAACACCGAUGUCACGGUUAAAAAUGUCAGAGAUUUGUUACACCAAUUAUAUAAAGAAAUUUAUGUGGAAUAUGUUGUAAAAAACACUGAAUGUGAAAUGGGACAACCGAUUGAGAGUGAAUUAUUUAAAUUUAAACUUGAUCAAUUUAUAAAACAGCAUAUGAAAAGUUUACAAUAAUAAAAAUAUAAUUUUGUAAUAUAAAAUGAUUUAAGCUGUAUAAUUAUAUUAUUAUUG